AUGGCUGAGAGGAACUGGUUAGAGGAUCUUCCUUCUCAUUUGAUCUUGGAGGUGUUAACCUCUGGCCGGCUUAACGCUGUUGAUCUACUCAACCUUGAAUUAACCUCUAAGGUGUUUGGAGGAAGCUCUGGAGUGUUGUACCCUUUGAAGUUCAGGUCACUAGCUGAUUACGCCGCGUCUCAGCUUUGCUCUGUACAUCCUGUUUACAUGGGAAUGGGUUUAGCUACACAGAAGGAGCUCUUUGCGAAUUGUGAGGGGAACUGGAAGAGGGUUUUGAGGUUCUUGCAGUCUGUUGAGAUGUCUUCAGAUAUGGUUCAAACCUAUGCAGGCAAUGUAUGGUUUUCAUUUUGCUUCUCUAUUUGCUUUUCAAUAGGUGAAUUUUUCAUUUAG